AUGUUAAUUUCAGGACCCUUUAAAUAUUCACAUCAGCUCACUCUGGAUCUGAACACAGUGAACAAAUGCCUUUGUCUGUCUGCAAGGAACAGACUGAUUACGUAUACUGACAAAGUCCAGCCGUAUCCUGAUCAUCCUGACAGAUUUGAUGAAUAUAAUCCUCAGGUGUUGUGUAGAGAGAGUGUGUGUGGACGCUGUUACUGGGAGAUUGAGUGGAGUGGGAUUGUGUGUAUAUCAGUGUCAUAUAAGAUCAUCAGCAGGAAAGGACAGGGUAAAGAAUGUUGGUUUGGGUCUAAUAAUCAGUCCUGGAGUUUGAUCUGCUUUCCCUCCAGUUACUCUUUCAGACACAAUGACAUAGAGACUCGUCUCCCUGUGAAGCCCAUCAGCAGGAGAAUAGGAGUGUUUGUAGAUCACAGUGCAGGAACUCUGUCCUUCUACAGCGUCUCUGACACAAUGAGUCUCAUCCACACAGUCCAGACCACAUUCACUCAGACGCUCUAUCCUGGGUUUGGGGUUUAUCAUGGGUUUACUGUUUAUACUGGAUUUACUGUUUAUUCUGGGAGUAGGGUUGAUUAUAAAUCAUCACUGAAACUGUGUGAAUGA